UAUUUGAAAUAUACUUUAAUGUGUUAAGAGCUGGAAAAAUGACUGACCCAGAUAAAAUAAAUGUGUCUAGCGCUCAAAGUAAAGAAAAUAAAAUUGAUAAAGAAAGCGAUCAAAUAACCCAAGAACCCUCCAUAAUUUCUUUUGAUCCUGAAAAUGGGAUGAAAGUAGAUUUAUGGGUGGGAUAUUUUAACAAAAUUUGUCAAGAAAAUAACAAAACUUAUUUGUGUAAAAUUAAAAAUAUUGCUAAAUUUCUAAAAGGGUCAGCUUUAACUCAUUAUAUAAAUAGUUGUUUAAAUGUUGAUAAUUUUGAUGAUUUAUGUUGUAUAUUAACUGAACAAUUUAUUCAACCCAAUAUUGUUAAUUUUUCUGACUUUUCACAAUUGAAAUUUGAUUCAAAAAAUUCUAAAUUAGUUGAUUAUUUUCAUCAAAAAUUAAAUUAUGGCAGACAGUUAGGCUUUGUUCCACAACUGAUUUUAGAAGGUCUUACUGAUGGACUGCCAACUCAACUAAAACAAUUAGUUAGCAUAAAAGCUCCUAAUACCCCUACAGAAUGGUUUACAAUAACAACUAAACUAUUAAAAAUGGAAGACUCUUCAGAACCAAACCCAGGCAUGUGUAAUGAAACUAAAAUCAUAAUAAGACAACCAGCACCUUUUACACCUAGGCAUAAUUUUAAUUAUAAAUUUCAAAAUUCUUUUACUUCUCAGGCUCCCAAUAAUUUUAGACAAAAUUAUCAUAAUUCAAUAAGGCCAUGUCCCAAUAAUUACAAUAACUAUAGUCAUAAUUUGCAUUUUCAACAAAGAUUACCUUCUUCUCCAUGUAGAAUGUGCACUGAAAUAGAUAUUCCAAAUGUUUAUCAUUGGACACAAGCAUGUCCCUUUUAUCAACCUUACUUUAUGACCAAUAUUCCAAUAACAGCCAAUGUGACUUCCCCGUGCACAGAAGUCCCUCUUGGCUGUUUUCAAAAUUCUCAAAGGGGACCAAAUUCUUCUAAUGAGGCCCCUAGCCCAGCACAGUUACAAUUAUUAGUAUCCGGAUACAUCUCAACUUUACCAAGUCUAGCUAACUUAGACAAUGUUUAUAACCCUUAUAGUAAUAUAAAUAUUGUUAUUGACACAGGAUCCACUCUUUCAAUUAUAUCUGCAGAUACUGUAAAAAAACUUAAUUUGACAAGAAAAAGUGUAAACCCUAUUAGAGUCAAACAAGCUCAUGGAACGUUCCAAUUAACCCACAUUUGUGACAUAUAUUUAAAAGUUGGCCAAAUAAAUAAGAAAAUCAAAUUAUAUAUUAUGGACAAUCCUUUACCAUAUAUCAUUUUAGGACUGCCAGAUUGUAGUUUAUAUAAGUUGCUUAUAGAUUGUGACAAAAAUAAAAUAUUUCAAAAUGGACAAAUUAUUACCAAUUUGCAUACCAAUUAUAAUUAUAUGUCUUUACAUAUUGUUGAAAAUAAUAACACUAGUGAUAAUAAGGUCAAGGUAGUGAAUACCUCAGAGGAAAUUUUCCCACCUCCGACUGUAAAUAAAUUAUCUGAACCUGUGUUAUCUCUGGUGUCAGAAUAUUCUCAUGUGUUUGCAAAAAAUAAAUAUGAUGUUGGUAAAAUAAGAAUGGAACCUCCUAGAAUAAAUUUAACAUCUGAUUUACCAGUGUCACAAAGGUCUUAUAGAACCUCUGCUACUGAUGAAAUUGAAAUAAAUAAGCAAAUUAAAAAUUUGUUAGAUGCAAGUUUAAUAAAAGAAUCUACUAGUAACUAUUCCUCUCCUGUAACAUUAGCAUAUAAAAGAGAUGAAAAUAGAAAAAGUCGUCUUUGUAUUGAUUAUCGUAAAAUUAAUUCCCUUUGCAAAUCUGAGGCAGAGCCUCUCCCUAGAAUAGAUACCUUAUUAGAUAAAUUAAGUACUGCUAAAGUUUUUUCAACUUUGGAUCUUGCAUCUGGAUAUUGGCACAUACCCUUGCAUGAACAAGAUAAACAUAAAUUGGCAUUUGUAACUACUGUAGGUUUAUAUGAAUUUCAAGUUCUAUCUUUUGGCUUUAAAAAUGCACCUGCAAUAUUCGAUAGAACUAUUCGUAGAAUUUUAAAUAAACAUAAAUUUUCAAAUUUUGCAUGUCACUAUUUUGAUGACAUAGUAGUUUUCUCUAACUCAUUAGAGGAACACUAUGAUCAUUUAAAACAGAUUUUUCAAAUGUGUAAAAAAGAAAACAUUAAAUUAAAAUUUUCUAAAUGUGUGUUUGCUCAAGAUAAAAUUAAUUUCUUGGGGUAUGAAGUCAAAGAAGGAUGUAUUUCUCCUGAUAAUCAUAAUAUUGAAAGUAUUAAAAAAUUACAACCUUCAAAAAAUGUUAAGCAACUUCAAGGUUUUCUUGGCUCUUUAAAUGUUUAUAAUAAGUUUAUUGAUUCUUAUGCUAAAAUAAGAGAACCCUUAAAUAAUCUUCUUAAAAAAGAUACACCAUGGCAAUGAACAGAAGACUGUCAAAAAGCUUUUGAAAUGUUAAAAAAUAAAUUGAUAACUAAACCAGUGUUACAACUAUAUAACCCUAAUUUACCUCUUUUUUUUUUUUUUUUUGUGAUGAAUCUCACUUAGCCAUUGGAGCUGUUCUAAAACAACCUGACUGUUCUGGUUAGAAGCAACUUUUUAGUAACUCUAGUUGUAUGGAGUAAAAUGUUCCACCAAAGAACAGAGUAAUUAGAUUUUGUUUCACAACAAAAUGACUGAAAAUAUAAAUCCGAGACACAUCUUUUAAUCUGUUUGUAUUCCUAUCUCACUUUAUGAUUCAUUAAUUAUUUUACUUUAUUUUGAUGCAUAUUUCUUCUUUUCUGCUCAUUGAAUAACAUUGAAGGAUAUAUAUGGUUGCAUCAAUAAUAGUUUUAUCUAUAUUGUUUUAACAUAUCCUUUUUAAAAAAAUCUCUUGCCAUUUUUAAUAUUAUCUAAUGUUCAUGGACGUUUCUGUACAUCGGAUCAUGAGAAUCAAUCCAUAUGGAAUCAUUUCGAUGGCUAUUGUUUAUAAGUGGCAGAUCAAACCCCCUUUUUUUAGAAUUAAUUUAUUUCAGAAUGUGCCUAGAAUGUGAAAAAUCUUACAAAAUUACAAAGCAUAAUACACUAAUUUCCAAGCUAGUAUAAUAUUUUUUUUUAGAUUCCUUCUAUUAUUAAAUCAUUAUUUAACUGAGUGAAAUUCUCAUGAUCAAUGAAUGUGGAUUUUUAAUGCUUGCAGCCUAGUAAUCGAUUAUCUAUAUUUUCUCAAUCUGUUAGUUUGGUUUGACAGAGCAUCAGUACCUUAUGAAAGUGCCCUGUAUUGCAUUCAGCAGAGUAUCAUGAAACAAAUCUCACAUAAAAUUUAUCAGUUUUGAUUUUGAGUUAGGACGAAAAUAAACCAUGUUAUGCGAUGAGUAUUCUUUCUUCUAUGAUAGAAAAAUGUUUUGGAAUUCGUUAUUCUUUUUCCCUUUAUCAGUUUCUUAUAUUUUCCUGCAAUUUCGUAUGACAAAGGCUAAGGCACAGUUAAUUUGUAUUUACAUUUUUGAUUCGUUUCUGUGUAGUGGAAUUCAUUAAUUUUUUUUUUUUUUUUUUUUACUUUUUCGUAUAGGAAGUAUAGAGGAAGUAUGGUAAUCGUCAGAAAAUUCGAAUUUGAGAUUUUGACGAUUCUUUACGUUUUAGAACUCCCUGCUAGGGUUAAUACAAAAACUGGUUUUCGAAUUCAAUAUUUUCAAAAAACCGA